AGGAGCAGCAGGAGGAGGAGGAGGAGGGGACGCACGGAGGGAAGAGACGGGGAGGGGAGAGCGGGAGGGUGCGGUUGAUGGCAGUCGAGCGCCGCCACAAGGAGGAGCUCAGCACGGACGUUGAAGCCGACGUUCAGCACGGUUUUUUCAAUACCAGGAAAGUGAAAAUGGAGACGAAGAUGGACGAUUCUAGGCAAGAGCGGGCCGCAGCGGAGCCGCCGGGCCCGGUCGCUGCGGGCAACGCCGCGGUGAAAAUGGAAACCCUUGACGAUGGUCACGUGACUGCCAAAGCGAAACACAUUACCUCAGCGGACGGCGUCGGCGGCUUUGCCCAGCGUGCCCUGCAAAGAGGCUGCCCCGCCGCCGGAGCCUCCCACGAUGCACCGGGGCUGGGCGGCGGCGGCGACGGCGAGCAGAGCGGCUCCAGGAAGUCGAAGCGCACGUGCAAGGGCGCUCUCUACAAGACGCUGGUGCUGGAGGGGAUGCUCACGACGUUGAGAGCCAACCUCGACCGAGGCAAGAAGGGCUUGCGGAGCCUUGGGGAGGAGCCCCACAGGAGUCGGGAGGAGGAGCAAGUCUCGCCCGUCUCGCCCGUCUCGCCCGUCUCCCCGCGACGUCUCAAACGCACGCGCAGCAAAGACUCCGACAAGCCACGACUGGGCUCGCUGCAGAAGGAGUUGGAGGAGAAGCUGAGUCGACUUCCCACGUCGCAGCCUCCCAGCAAGAAACCGCUCACUCGCUCGCCCGCAGACAGAGGCGGCCCAUCUUCCAAGAAGCAGCCGUUCCACAAGAUCGUGAGCAAGUACAAGCACAAGCGGGACUCCGGCCCCGCUUGCAGGCCCUCCGCGUCCGGGCCGCCGCCGCCGCCGCCCACCACCUCCUCCUCCUCCUCCUCCUGCUCCUUCGGCGACCCCUCGACCCCGGGCCCGUCGGGGAGGCCCUCCUGCCCGCGCGCCCCCCACGGAGAGGCGCGCGUCGGGGCGCCGGCCUCCCCGCGCUCCCCGGUCUCGCGCAAGGCCGGCGCCGCCCCGCCGGCCCGCCGCGGCCCGGGCAGGCUGCCCACGGCGGGCAGCCUCACGGGCAGCCAGAAGAGGAAGGCGCGAAAGUCUCGAAUCACCCACCUGGUCCGCUCGGCCGACGGGCAGCUCUCGCCCACGUCAGACCGGCCGCGGCCGUCCGCCGCGUGCCCGUCGGACCGCGGUGCGGCCUCCGAGGGGAGCGCCUCGGUGCCGGGCACCCCCACGGACGCCUCGGCGGCGGGGUCCUCGUCCGUGCCGGGCACCCCAUCGGACGCCUCCCUGGGGUCCUUGUCGAGCUUCUUCAGCCUGGCCGCCCUGGCCGAGGUGGCGGCCAUGGAGACGACCUCGAGACCCCAACCAACCAAUCGUACGAGAGAAAGUCAGGCCAAAGAGAUCUCCCAGACCCCCCUCUAUAUCUCAUGUAUGGACUAGUCCGUCCCAUCCCCCAACACUGCUGGAAGCUUCCACAUGUACCCAGGUGGGGGGGGG